AUGGCGCAGGCAUCCUUUGACCAGACGACCGACAGCUUCCUGCGCUGGUUCACGUCACUCCCAGGCGCGACGUUUUCAGAGGCCAUCAAGAUUGUUGACCUGAGGUCUCGCAAUGCUGGUCGUGGUAUAGUCGCUACCCAGGACAUCCCGGCGGAUGCCACGCUCUUCACGAUCCCUCGGAAAGCUAUCAUCAAUAUCGAGACAUCUAGGCUGCGCGAGCGGAUCCCGUCACUGUUUGAGAGCAAUGGCGACGAGGACGACCAGCAGCAGCUCGACUCUUGGACAGCGCUCAUCCUGAUACUCAUCUACGAGCACUUCCAAGGCGAGAACUCACAAUGGAAGCCCUACCUGGAUGUCUUGCCCGAGGCCUUUGACACGCCAAUGUUCUGGAACGAUGCCGAGCUGGCCGAGCUGCAAGCCAGCGCGACGCGUUCCAAGAUUGGCCGCGAGAGCGCCGAAGCCACGUUCCGUACGAAGUUGGUGCCGGCUGUGCGGACGAACCCUGGCGUGUUCCCCGGGAGCGAGGGGCUCAACGACGAGGGCCUGAUUGCUCUGGCGCACAGGAUGGGAAGCACAAUCAUGGCGUAUGCGUUCGACCUCGAGAACGAACAUGAAGAGGAGGAGAAUGAAGACGGAUGGGUCGAGGACCGAGAGGGCAAGGAGUUGAUGGGCAUGGCACACGUCAACCACGAAGAUGAGAGCCUGACCGUGACCUCUCUCCGCCCAAUCAGGGCCGGCGAAGAGAUUCUUAACUACUACGGGCCGCUUCCAAACUCGGAGCUUCUUCGCCGAUACGGAUACGUGACCGAGAGGCACGUGCGCUACGAUGUGGUCGAGAUCCCCUGGGACACUGUUUUGAAUGCUGCAGUGGUACAGCUUGGCCUGUCAAGGGACUUUGUUGACAAGGCUCUCGAGCGGCUGGAUGAAGAGGAGCUGGAAGAUGUCUUCGUGCUGGAGCGUGAGUUUGUCGAACCAAACUCGGACGGCACUUUUGCUGGCCCGGCUACUCUCGAGGACAUGCCCGCGGACCUCCAGGACCAGCUCAAGAGGCUUCUCAAGGCACUGCAAAAGCUCGAUGAAGGCCUGGUUCCAGACAAGCGGAAACGUGCCGAAAUGCAACAGGCCAUCCUUGUCAAGUCAAUCCUGGAUAUCGAGUCGAGGUACCCAACGACCAUGGCCGAGGACAAGCUUUUCCUGCAGCAGGAAAGCAUCACGCCACGUCAACGAAUGGCAGCGCAAGUGAGGCUGGGAGAGAAGCAACUUUUGCAAGAAGCCAAGGGGCUCCUAGCCAGCGCUUCGGCUGAGACCGGACAGGACGGUUCCGGGCCGGCCAAGAAGGCCAGGCGGGCCGGCUGA